AUGACAAGCAAACUCCGAUCAAGCCGGACAUAUCAUGAUGCGAUCGGACAAUUGAACCAGUUGCAGACUGGCGCCCGAAAGGUUCAGACCGCAACUGCCGUCCUCACCCCUAGAGAGAAAGCACUGGGCUGGGCUAGAUUUCUGGAACUUGACGUGCGUCUGCUCAAUCGAGAACUCGGGGUACAAAAGCUGCCCGUCAUUCAUGUUGCGGGUACCAAGGGGAAAGGUACGACGUGCUUGUACACGGAAAAUAUCAUCCAGACAUAUCACCGAUCCAAAGAAAGCAAAAACAACAAAACCAUCGGCUGUCUCGUCUCGCCUCAUAUUUCAAGCGUACGAGAACGCAUCCGAGUCAACGGCGAGCCCAUCUCGGAAGCAUGCUUCGCCUCCUAUUUCUGGUCCCUGUGGGAUCAGAUGAUGCAGCGACAUGAAGCCGAGACCGAGAUGCCCGGGUAUCCGGGUUUCUUGACGUUACUGGCGUUUUACAUUUUCGUGCAAAAAGCCGUCGACAUCGCCAUCAUUGAGACGGGCAUGGGUGGAGAAACCGAUACGACGAACAUUAUCGAUGCGCCCAUCGCCACAGGCAUCUCGGCGCUGGGACUCGAUCACACGGCUCGGCUGGGGAACACGAUCCAGAGUAUCGCCUGGCACAAGGCGGGGAUUUUCAAACGUGGCCGGCCGGCUUGGAGCGUUCCGCAGUCGAUAGAGGCGAGUGAUGUGCUGCACGCUCGAGCCGUCGAGAAGGGAACCUCGGUACAAUUCGUGGACGGCGGUAUGCUAAAGAACAUGGGCGUGGCCGUCAAGCCGGAUGUCACAUUUCAACGGGAGAAUGCCGCGUUGGCGCUAUCGCUGGCGAAGACAUACGUUUCUCAACUGGAUCCCCCGGGAGAGAUCGAUUACUCUGUCGCGCAGUGUUUGGAAACGACAGAGAUGCCUAUCAAAUUCGAAAUUCUCUCACAAGCUGGCUGGACUUGGGUCUUGAGCUCAGCUCAUAAUGAGAUGAGUAUCCGGCCUGUGACACAGGCAUUUGUCGAAACUUUCAGGCAGUGA